GUUUAGCAAAGAAAAGUAGGGGACCAAAAUAGAAUAUAUGGAAUUUUGAGAGGCCAAAAAAGUAUUGUCUCUGUUUGGAUUUCGUUGUAGUUGCAACGUUUACUGCAGUACACUAACCGAUUCUCAAUGGAAGCGGGAACUCUCCUCCGUUCAGCUGUUCCGUUAAGCCCAACCCGGCGACGUUUUGUUUCCCGCCCGAACUCAGUUAGGGCUUCUCUCAGUCCGCGGGGAGGGUAUCAAGGGCCGAGACCAAAGAGGGAAUGGGUGGCGGAUUGGGUAUCGAAAAACGACGACUUUGUCCGGAGCUUGCCCAUAUACGUCGGUGGCGCUUCUCUCUUUGCAGUGCUCUUUAACCGAACAGUUUCAGGAAUUGCCCCUGUUGCUGAUGCCAGUAGUUCACAGUCUAGAGCGGAUCUACUGACACUUGGUUUGGCUGUGACGAAUAUUUUGAAUGGUCUUGUGUGGCUCUCAAUUCGGCCAAAAUCUAUUUCUGUGGUAAAUCCCAAUGGGGUAGAAUGCCAAAGAAUAUAUCAUGACCUUCCUGAUCCUGUCAUUUCUGAGUUAAUCUGGGCAUGGGAGUCUCUAUCAGAUGUUACAUGCUGCAGGUCUCUUGUUGUCAUUUAUGAUGGCAUCUGUAUUUUGCAAAUAGGGUUUGCUGAUAUAUCCAACUCAAAUGGAAGUGAACCCAUGGUUGUAGAUACUGACAAAUUGAUGAAAGGAUCUCUGUAUAAUGGUGUUCUGAAGUCUGGAUCACAAAGUUACUUGGCCAACUUGGCACUGUAUCCUGGGAAAUCCGAGCUUCCAUUUCUUCCUUCAAAUACACAGUUAUCUUGCAACCCCUUGGGGAUAAAGGAAUUGCAAUUGUUGGUGGUGACACGAUUAGGGGAUUCACUUCUUCUGACCAGGUAUGGAUCACAUUAAUUGGGGAGAAAUUAGAUGCUACACUUGCAAAAGUUGUUUACAGAAUGCCAUUGACAGUGCAAGAAGGAAUUUGAAUGAUCAGUUACAAUCACACUUAUCAGUUUAUGAUACCUGAAGAUCACAUUCGAAGAAUUCUUGUAAAGCAAUUUGACUGGAUGCAACGAGUCUGUCAUCUCAUGUCUCUGCAUCCCGCAAAUACAAGGCUCCAAUUGACCAGUUAGCACCAACGGGUCGAGACCAGCAAAUGUGGUGUUCGAAGAGCAAGAUUAAUGGAAGUUAAAGCUAUAUUUUCCAAUGUUGAAUAGAAAUUACAGGGCAAGUUAUAUUGUGGUAGAUGCUAUUAGUUACACCUCAAACACAUAAGGUACAUAAUUCGUCUUUCGGGAGUUUUGUUCCGUAACUUCUGUUGGAGUUAUUGCAUUCUCUCUCUCUCUC